AUGUCAGAACGACCUGAGAACAUGGAGGAGUGGUGCAAACUUGUACCAAAUCUGCUCUCAGAAGACGGCUGGCAAGCCGUGUUGCAAGACCCUUCAUCCGCAAUGUUGCACCGAUGCUGCCCGUGGGGUGGCAGCCUUGUAAAGUUCGUUCUUCGCGACAUGUUGAUCCAAGACCCUCCCGAUGAUCCAGCUGAUGUAUUGGUGCGGCCAGAGGUCCGGGCAUCUAAGGCCGAGCUAGAUGAGACAUGGGCGGCGUUGCAUGUUCUGGCGCCCGCCGACUGUACUAUGCACUGGUCUGUCAGCCCCUUUACCAACUGGAAGGUCACCCGGUAUCUGGAUGUUCUGUUUGGCUUAGACCAGCACUUUGGCUGUUGGAGGGACAGCCAUGCAACUCUGCGGCGGAAUUUCCCACAGGUCGGUGACUGCGCCAUGGCGAUGCGCGAGGCUUCCCAGAGAAAGGAGCGCCUUGCCGUUUCCCGACCUCAGCAAGACGGCAAGUUUUCAGUGUACGUGAUCUUCGCCUUUGCCGCAACCUUGUCUUUGCCGAAGUUGGCAGCUCCACAUCUCCCGAUAACGCUGCAGCUUCUCAGGUCCACUGUGAACUGGUGCCUCAACCGUCCCGGUGCUGCAGUAGAGAGGCACAUGUCUCGAACUUUCUACGUGGUCUUGGCACUCUCCAGCUUCAAGCGCGGCUGGCCCAUGAUCCCCGCGCGCGGGAAGGGCGGCAAGGGCGGAAAGGAGAAGCCGGCGACCAUCAACCGGGGUCGGGACUGGGGGCUUGGUGCAUGGGAACGGUAUCGUCCGGCGAUGGCAGGCAGUUGUGACUUUCAUCUGUCAGAGUACCUCCAGCUCUUCUUGGAGAGAAUUGGUAAGCCAGCCAUUGUCUACCAAAGCUUGGAUGGGCAACAGCUGCUGCCAUACCAGUGCGUCAUGGCCCAGGCAGACUGGCAUCGCGUCAAGGCUGAUCUCCAGGACAUCUUCCGCCUUCAGAUGGCGGCCUAUCGCCGUGUCAACGGCGGAACAUCAGCCCCAAGGCUUCUCGAAGCCGCACCCCGCUUCUGCCGGGAGGCCCUCUCGCAGCGCAUCGAGUCGCUGGCAGAUCACGGGCUGGUGGUGCGCAACACGUUCCUCGACACCGGCGACGCGAGUGGCAUGUUGGGAGCACCUGCUGGCCGUUGCGCCCGCUGUCGGACAGUACCGCCGCAUGCUCGCUCGCCCAUGCCUGUGGCCGCCUGA